AUGCCUGCCCCAACCGUUGAAGCACCAGCGGUCUCGCUGUCCUUUGCAAACAAUUUCUGGGGUAAGGAAGAUGCGGGAGUCGGGCCGCUUCUGGAGCGGAUGCAAAGUGCAAAGACUACAUCGGACGAGCUUAAGUCAUUCUAUAGUGCUCGCGCAUCAAUUGAAGACGAAUAUGCUAGAAAGCUACUGCACCUCAGCCGAAAGUCUCUGGGCUCCCACGAGAUGGGCUCUUUAAAGACAUCAUUGGAUACUGUCAGAGUGGAGGUGGAGUCAAUGGCCAAACAACACCAGGGUAUCGCCGCCCAGAUGAAGUCAGAGUUGGAAGAGCCAUUGGCGGCAUUUGCCGGCGGCAUGAAGGAAAGACGGAAGAUUGUGCAAAAUACGGUUGAGAAGCUGCUCAAAACCAAAAUCCAGCAGACGCAACAGGUGAACAAGACUAGAGACAAGUAUGAGCAAGAGUGCCUGAAGAUCAAAGGCUACCUAGCCCAGGGACACAUGGUGAUGGGACAGGAAGAGCGUCGUAACAAGGCAAAGCUGGAGAAGACGCAAAUCUCUCUGGCCACUGCAAACACUGAAUACGAGAGUGCCGUGAAAAUACUGGAGGAGACUACAGCCAGGUGGAACCGAGAAUGGAAGGCUGCGGCAGACAAAUUCCAAGACCUCGAAGAGGAGCGUCUGGACUUCAGCAAGAGCAGCCUGUGGACAUUUGCCAAUGUUUCCUCCACAGUUUGCGUUAGUGAUGACGCAUCAUGCGAGAAAAUCAGGUUAUCACUUGAGAACAUGGAGGUGGAGAAGGACAUCAUCCAUUUCAUCACAGAGAGAGGAACAGGCCAAGAAAUCCCUGAUCCCCCAAAGUACAUCAACUUCUGCCGAGGUGAUGUCAAUGAUGGCCAGUCUGAAGUGUCAGAGGAUGAUAAUUACUCCGUGGCCCAGUUCCCACGAAGCAUCAACCCAGCCUUCCGAUCCUCUUCACCUCAACCAUCAACUUUUGAAUCUCACCACGACCCGAACUCCAUGCUGGCAAACAACUUGGCACACAGGGAACCCAGGGAGCCCCCGCAGCCAACCAGCCGCGAGGCAAUAGUGACGCCUCAGAAGGCGCCUCCGCCAAUGCGAAACUCUGUGGACGAACAGCGUCGAGGACAGGGACAGCAAAAGCCGCCGCAGUAUGAUGUAAAUCAGCAUGGCCCUCUAGCUGCGGUCCCUCAUGAUCCCUAUCCUAUGGACGGCAUGACGAUGCUGUGUCGAACUGGGCCUCCGGGUCCCCAGUCGGACCGCAGCUCACAACCACAUUCGGCUCGACCCUCUAGCCGUGAAUCUCACAGCGACUAUUCUAUUCCUACUUCCCUGUCCAGUGUUGAACCUCCAAGCGGACAGGCCUCGCCCGUGAAGCAAGAACCCGUGGAAACUCGGAGCCCAGAGAAGCGAGUACUGAAGAAGAAGAGUGGUUUCUUUCAGAACCACAGUCCAUUUCGCCGGAAAAGCACCAAAGAAGUGCAAGCUCCGUCCCAAAACCGAAGCACGUGGCAUGUUGCUCCGGGCAGAGCAGAGUUGGAGCGUACUGCAAGCCCUGAGCCUAUUGACGCAAAUGCAAGCCUGGCUUUGGGUGUCGGUCAGAACGUGCUUCCCGUCACUACGCCUGACACUCGCAGACGACCUGGCCAGGGGCGUGAACAAGACGUUGAUCAAUCAGACCCCAUUGCCAUGGCUUUGGCGGAAUUGAAGGAUGUCAAUCUGGGUAAGCAGUCAUCACUUAGGAUGUCUGCGGACCACUAUCAUGGCAUAGCUACCCCAGCUCCGGGAGCAGAUCCAAGAUCUGGUAGACCCAGUGGUCGUGAAGCACCCCCUUCGUACAAUACUCAAGCUUCCGUCUCCCGACUGGGGGUUCCACCACCCGCCGUUACUUCUCGGGCUAUGAAGGAAGCAACAAAAAAAGCGACGGAUCAGAGCCGUGCUGUCUAUGGCAAUGCCGGAAAUCGUGGCGCAUCGCCGGCAUCGCGACCCGCGACUCGUGGGAGCGAUAUGCCUCGGGCUGCCUCACCAGCACCCACUCGCAGCGCAUCUCCUCAGCCCCGGAUGAGCGGCGACUCGCGGUACCGGUCUGCAUCUCCGAACCCGUACAGUGGUCAUCAUCGAAAUGCAUCCCAGGUCAGCGUAUCUCAGCAGCGAGGAUCAAGCCAGGGCUACUAUGGAUCGGGAUCCCCCCACGGAUCAACUCGGGGCUCUGUUCGGGGUGCUUCUCCGGCUUCAUUUAGAGGAGAUUACGACAGACCUCGUAGCAGCUAUGGUGGUGGAUCUGACAUGGCUGUGCAAUUGGCCCCGGCUGGAGAUGAUCGCUACGGCUCUCAGAGAGGCAGAGGUGCCGUUGACCUAUACGACGGGGGAUCACGACCUCGCAGCAAGAGCGUUGCUGAUCCCUCCAGACAGUACACGCGAGAUGGUAGACCCAUCUUGCAUUUCGCUCGAGCUCUGUACAUGUAUCAGGCCGCUAUUCCCGAGGAGCUUGGAUUUGCCAAGGGCGACUACUUGGCCGUACUCCGCCACCAGGAUGAUGGCUGGUGGGAAGCCGAGGUCCAUGGCGGCAAUGGACGGGUUGGGCUGGUCCCCAGUAACUAUCUUCAACCGUGUUAG